AUGCGGCAGGAGGCUGGGACAGCUGUCGGUGAGGAAGGACUGGAGCGGCGAGUGGGAGGACGGCACCUGCCGACCGUAGUGGCACUCCCGCCAGCCCUUGGUUGUGGCGGUGGCACGGCAGCACUGGGCGUAGAGGAAAUACAGCACGGGGCACAGACGGCAGACUAUCUGUCUCAGCAUAUCAAGCAGCUCGUCGGGGUCGGCCGGGUAGUACAGCUGUGCGGUGUUGUUGGCGAAGUCGACGGAGUAGGGGCCGUUGUCCCUGUCGUCGCCGGUGAGCUUGCAUAUCUUAUAGCUUCGCCAGUUGUUGCCGCAUUUCUCUGCCAAGUUGCUAAGCGCCUCGUGCGUCAUCGGGAUCAUGCUAAGCAACACCUUGGCGUACUUGUCGGCGUCCGCCUCCCGGCACUCCGCGCCCGAGUAGCGAGAGACGUACGCACCGCCGAACUCACCGGCGAAGGCACUGAGUCCCCUGCUCACGGAGUCCAGCGUGGGAGUGGAGGGCUUCUGGAACGACUGCGGAGUCAGCUGUGUGAGCGCGUCGGUGAGGUUGUGGAGCAGGCCUCGCAGCCUGUCGUCGAAGCCCUGCGUCACGCAGAGGUAAUUGAGCAGGGCGUUGACAUCGCUGUGCACGGCGUCCCACUCGGCGGCGUAGGGCUCUUCCGACUUCGGCAGUGA